AUGAGCAGCAACAACAGCCCGACCAAGACAGUCCAGGGCCCCGACCCGGUCCCCUCGACCCACGCUCCGACAGCACCUGCCGACGACGACCGGGCCGCCGGCGAGCCCGUCCUCACGGCCGACCACUACUCCCUAGAGGCAGUGUGCAAAGACGGCGACGCCACGGCGUUGGCGGCCGUCCGCCGAUGGCUCGAGUCGGGCUACGCCGAGGUCCUGGACCUGACGUACUUUGGCUCCACCGGAAGCGACGAGCUGGCGACGGUGCUGCGCAAGACGACGACGCUCACCAGCCUCACGUUCCGAUUCCACAAGUCCGGGUUCCUCGACCCGCUCAUGGCCGUCGCGCCGUCCUUUAGACGCCUCACCAGCUUGCACUUGGCGGGGUGCGCCGACGCCUUGCCCGCGUACGCGCAGCUUCUCGCUCGCCUCAACGCGACGCAGCUCCAGUCGCUGCACGUUUACUGUGGACACGGGGAUCCCAGCGAUAUCUCGGGUCCACUCGUGGUCCUGCCAGCGCUCGAGGCCUUGACCGUCUCGUUUGGCCGCUUCCGCACCUCGAGUAUGCUUCCGUCGGCUUUGCUUCCGCCGACGCUCCGACGCGUCACGCUCAACAAGACUGCGUUCUCGCCCACGGCGUGGGACGCGUUCGCAGCGCAUGUGGCCGGCCCGUGCCUCCUGGACGAGAUCAUUUUCCAUGACUGCACCGUCUUCCUCGUCGGUGUCGAGUACCAAGUCGAAAAGUGGCUCGCGCGAUGGAUCGAGCGUGGCGUCCGCAAGCUCGCCAUCUACGACACGACAGAGCACGCAGCGUCGGCGCUUUUGCGAGCUCUUCCAGGUUGCUCGAGUUCCGUUGGCGUCGUCCUCGAUAUCGACAGCGACCUGUCGAUGCAGACGUAUCUGCUCUUUGGCCGAGCCCUCGCGUCGAGCCGCGGCGUCACGAUCAAGCUCCCGCCGUUCAUGAACUGCGCGGGCGACGAACGCGUCGUGGCCGAGAUCCAAGACAUGGCCGCCAAGUACCAGAUUGCGUGCCACCAUCAGAUAGUCCGAGGCCGCGUCCACCGUCUCGUGCUCGAGGGCCCUGCGUGCGCCGCGUAG